AUGCCGUUACCACAACCACCGGUGCCACCAGGCAGCAACAUGGAUCAACCGUUCAAGGAAACGAUCUUACAACUGCUUUCCAACCAACAGGCACUAAUGACCCAGUUGGCGGAUCAGAUGGCAAACAUUCAAGGGAAUGUCCAGAACACCAACCAGAAUGAGCUAGUGCUAGAUUCCUUAGCGAGUAAUAUUACCGAGUUUGCUUACGAUCUAGAGAAAGACUGCUCGUUCGAGUCAUGGUUCAGCAGAUAUGCGGAUCUGUUCGAGAAAGACGCUUCCAAACUAGACGACGGCGCGAAGGUACGGCUAUUGCUUCGCAAGCUCAACCCGGCAGCACACGAAAGGUACACUUCAUUCAUUCUUCCCAAGCUCUCAAAGAAAUUCACCUUCGAGGAGACGAUUGCCAAGUUGAAAACCAUUUUCGGCAGUCCGGUUUCCACGUUUCAUCGCCGGUACAAGUGUCUCCAAACGGCGAAGGAGGAAAAUGAAGAUUUCAUAACCUAUUCCUGUAGAGUCAAUCGAGCAUGUGUGGAUUUCAAGCUGCAGGAGCUAAAAGAGGAUCAGUUUAAGGCACUAAUUUAUGUGUGCGGGUUGAAAUCAGCAAAGGACGCGGACAUCCGGAUGCGCCUGGUGUCAAAAAUCAACGAGACACAGGACAUCACGCUGGAGAAGAUAGUGGAGGAGUGCAAAAGCAUGAUCAAUUUGAAGAAAGACACUUCGCUGAUCGGACGUCAGGUUGCCUCCACUGCUACGACUGUUGCUACGCAAGCUGUUCGAUCCAGUUCUCCCCAUCGUAACCAGUACAAGAAGAAGUUUGGUGGUAACAAAUCCGACACACCGAAGACACCGUGUUGGUCCUGCGGUGGAAUGCAUUUUUCCAGCGAAUGCAGCUUUAAGACACACAAGUGCCGUGAUUGUGGUCGUACCGGCCAUAAAGAGGGGUACUGUUCCUGUUUUACAUUCAAGUCCGGUUCGAAAUCGUCCAAGGGGAAGCAGAAAAACAACAAAUACCACGCAGCCAGGAUUGUAACUGUCAAUAACGUCUCACGAAGUCGGCGCUACGUGGAGACAGCGAUAAACGGAGUUCCAAUAAAAAUGCAGCUGGAUUCGGGCUCAGACAUAACCAUCAUAUCCAGGCAGAACUGGAUCAAUGUCGGGGCACCACGGACGUCCCCGCCGGACUGUCAAGUACAAACAGCUUCCGGGGACAGACUAAGCAUCGAGGCUAUGUUCCGAGCUACCUAUACCAUUGGCGAAACCCACAAGGAAGGUAAUUGCUAUGUUUGCUGUGCUGACCUUCCUCUCAAUAUUCUAGGCUCAGAUCUAAUGGAUGAGUUUGGGCUCUGGGAUGUACCGUUUUCGUCAUUCUGCAAGCUGGUUGGUAGUCAACAACCAGACCAGCUGGUACUCGAACUAAAGGCCGAAUUCCCCGAUGUGUUCACCAAUCGCAUGGGACUCUGCACUAAAACACAAGUGCAUUUCAACCUUAAGUCAGACGCUCAGCCGGUAUUCAAGCCCAAGCGGCCAGUUUCGUACAACAUGGAGGCCGUAGUUGAUGACGAGUUGAAGCGGCUUGAAGAUUUAGGCAUCAUCACACCAGUGACCUAUGCAGAUUGGGCAGCUCCCAUCGUAGUGGUCCGCAAGCCAGAUCGGUCAGUGCGAAUUUGUGCGGAUUUUUCUACUGGUUUAAAUAGCGCACUUGAAACGAACAGCUAUCCACUUCCACUCCCGGAAGACAUAUUCAAACGAAUGGCGAAUUGUACGAUGUUUAGUCACAUCGAUUUAUCAGAUGCUUAUCUGCAAGUAGAGAUCGAUGAGGAAAGCAGGAAGUUCGCUACCAUUAACACCCACAAGGGGCUGUACCGUUUCAACAGACUUUCUCCCGGUAUAAAAUGUGCACCCGGUGCUUUCCAGCAGAUUAUGGAUGCCAUGCUCAGUGGAAUUCCUUGUACAUCUCCGUACCUCGACGAUAUUCUUGUCGGUGGUCGCACCGCCGAGGAGCACAAGCAGAACCUGUACCGUGUCUUGCAACGUCUACAAGAGUAUGGAUUGACGGUAAAGUUCGACAAGUGCAAAUUCUUCAUGCAUCAAGUAAAGUACUUGGGCCAGCUGUUGGACACCGAAGGCAUUCGUCCGGACCCGGACAAGGUGAAGGCAAUCGUCAAUAUGCCUCCUCCUCACGACGUUCCCACACUUCGAUCCUACUUGGGUGCGAUAAAUUAUUAUGGGAAGUACAUCCGAGAAAUGCGUACCCUACGUCAACCGCUGGAUGAGUUGCUCAAAGAGGGUACCAGCUACCAGUGGUCCAAUGUCUGUCAACGUUCUUUUGACCGAUUCAAGGAAAUUCUCCAGUCUCCGCUUAUGCUAACGCACUAUAAUCCUCGACUACAAAUAGUUGUAUCAGCAGAUGCAUCGAAUGUGGGCAUUGGUGCUCGCAUUGCACAUCGUUUUCCUGACGGAUCAGAGAAGGCAAUCUAUCACGCAUCCCGAAGUCUGACGCCAGCGGAGUCCCGCUAUAGCCAGAUCGAGAAGGAAGCCCUGGGUCUGGUAUACGCCGUUACAAAAUUUCACCGAAUGAUCUAUGGGAGACAGUUUGUUCUACAGACCGAUCACAAACCACUCCUAGCGAUUUUUGGAUCAAAGCGUGGGAUUCCUCCGUACACAGCCAACCGUCUUCAAAGGUGGGCCCUCACUAUGCUUCUGUACGACUUCCGCAUCGAAUAUGUUUCCACGGAUCACUUCGGGCAUGCAGACAUCCUUUCUCGUCUAAUCAACUCACACAUCAAACCAGACGAGGACUACAUAAUCGCGUCGCUGGAAGUCGAAAGUGUCAUCUGCAACAUUGUCUGCCACUCUAUCGAAUAUCUUCCCAUCUCUUACAAAACGAUAGCGGACGAUACCUGUGAGGAUCAGACUCUGCAGAAGGUCAUGGAGUUUGUGCAAAAGGGUUGGCCAUCUGAAGUUAAGUCUCUCUCCGGAACACCGGAGGUCCAGCAGUUCUUCGCUCGUAGAGAUUCACUGUACGUCGCUCACAAAGUCCUGAUGUACAGUGACCGGAUUGUAGUCCCGAAGAAAUUGCAGCAGAAGGUACUUCAGCAACUGCACAGAGGGCACCCAGGCAUCGAUCGGAUGCGUUCACUGGCCCGGAAUUUUGUUUAUUGGCCAAACAUCGAUGAUCAAAUCACCGCGCUAGUUCGUGCUUGUCAGGAGUGUGCCUCGGUCGCAAAAGCAGACACCAAGACGAAACUCGAGUCGUGGCCGACGUCUGAAAAACCGUGGCAGAGAGUUCACGCAGAUUUUGCUGGUCCCAUCAACGACACAUACUUUCUACUAGUGGUGGAUUCAUUCUCCAAGUGGCCGGAGAUUAUUCCGACCAAGCACAUCACCACCACUGCAACAGUGUCGAGUCUUCGGAAGAUCUUCGGGAGAUUCGGUAUGCCGGAAGUACUGGUAACCGAUAAUGGUCCGCAGCUCACUAGCGACACCUUCGAGAAAUUCUGCGAGGCAAAUGGGAUUAUGCAUCUCAAAACAGCACCGUUCCAUCCCCAAAGCAACGGGCAAGCGGAACGCUUCGUUGACACCUUUAAAAGGACGGUCAAGAAAAUUCAGGCCGGAGGGGAAGACCUGGACGAAGCACUCGAUAUCUUCCUGUGUUGCUAUCGAUCCACACCCUGCCGGAGUGCACCUGGUGGCAAAUCACCUGCCGAAAUCUUACUUGGUCGACCCAUGCGUACUUCUUUAGAACUUCUUCGUCCACCGAGCAAAUUUACCAAGUUGGAAAAUAGUAAACAAGAUCGUCAAUUCAACUCAAAACAUGGUGCAAGGGAGAAGAACUUUGGUGUACGGGACAAGGUGUAUGCGCAGGUGCACCAAGGAAACAACUGGAGCUGGGUCGCCGGAGAAAUCGUAGAACGUAUAGGACGAGUCAUAUACAAUGUUUGGCUCCCGGAACGACAACGAUUAAUCCGCUCACACAGCAACCAAUUGCGGAAACGUCACGGCGACUGUAUUGGAGAACCCGAGCAAGCAGAGCAAGCCAUUCCACAGCCGUCACCCGACAGCUGUCAACAAACCGGAUGUGAUUUGAGGAGGAAUGUCAUCGGGUUUCUCAUUGUCGAUAGAGCCGACUGUGAACGUAGUAUACAAUUGUACUUUAACUAUUAUUACAUGAAAUACAUGUUUAUUCGUUGUUACGUUACUUCCUCGGUUUACCCUCACAUCAUAACACCUAUCACUACUUGA